AUGGCGACCACUCGACCUACCACCGCCGUCAGCUCCAGCAGCAGUGGAAAGUUGCGGAGCCAAAUUGGACAAACCAAAAGGAGAAUUUCGGAGCACUUGUUGGACAAAGUACCCGGAACGGAUUCAAUCAAUGGCUACAAUGCUGAAGAUACAUACGACUCCCUCCAGAAAUCCCCAGAAUCUCAGAAUCUCAGAAUCUCAGAAUCUAAGAAUCUCAGAAUCUCAGAAUCUUAG